UAUCCUUUUCCGUCGUAGACGGCUUGGAUUCUCUGUCUCUCUCUCUCCUCCGUUACAGCCACCCUUCUCACAGUCAACGCUGACGGACGGCGACGAUCAGUCUCCUUUGUCAUUCCCGGAAAAACCCUAAAUCCUCUUCUAUCCAAUUCCCAUUCUUCAAUCUUCAAUUCGUUCGAAUCCUUCCGAUCUUGCAAACCCUAGACCCACCGGAUUCAUCCCAACCACAUUUUGUAAUUUUUAAAUCAUGUCUUCGGAAAUUGAGGUCGUCGACGAGGUUCAAUCGCGGGAUCACGAGCCCUCGCAGACUGCCUCUGCUUCCUCUGCCAAAGGUGAUGGCGACGGCGAGGAGAGCUUGAGGAAUGAUGUCUAUACGGCUGCGGCUUAUGGCGAUUUGGAGAAGCUUCAGAGAUUGGUCGAGUGCGAGGGUUGCUCUGUUUCUGAGCCCGAUGGCCUUGGAUACUAUGCUCUUCAGUGGGCUGCUCUUAAUAAUCGCACUGCCGCUGCUCGUUAUAUUAUUGAGCAUGGAGGUGAUGUAAAUGCGACGGAUCAUACUGGGCAAACAGCCUUACAUUGGAGUGCUGUUCGUGGAGCCAUCCAGGUGGUUGAGGUUUUACUUCAAGAGGGAGCUGUUGUCAAUGCUGCUGAUAUGUAUGGCUAUCAGACAACCCACGUUGCAGCUCAAUAUGGUCAGACGGCUUUUCUCUAUCAUAUUGUUUCAAAAUGGAAUGCGGAUCCCGAUGUUCCUGAUAAUGAUGGGAGAAGCCCUUUACACUGGGCUGCAUACAAAGGUUUUGCUGAUUGUAUACGACUUCUCUUGUUUUUGGAUGCAUAUCGCGGACGUCAAGAUAAAGAAGGUUGCACUCCUCUCCAUUGGGCAGCUAUUAGGGGUAAUUUAGAGGCAUGUACAGUAUUAGUGCAAGCUGGAAAGAAAGAGGAUUUGAUGGUGACUGAUAAUACUGGCCUUACGCCUGCACAACUUGCUUCUGAUAAGAACCACAGACAAGUUGCUUUUUUUCUUGGAAAUGCUAGAAGGCUGCUUGAAAAACGUUGUGAUGGAAAUAGCUGCCUUGGAAAAUUGUCAAAGCUAGGACUUGCCCCUGUACUUUGGUGUUUAAUCUUCCUGUUGCUGGUCACAUAUAUUCAUUCCGUCAUUCUGGCAUCAAAUCUGCCAGUGUUAACGGCUGGCUUAGCCUUUCUUGCAUGGAUGGGUGUUAUUUUAGCAACUACAGGUCUUCUUAUGUUUUAUAGAUGUAGUAGCAAAGAUCCAGGUUUCAUUAGAAUGGAUGUGCACGACUCUCAGAAUAUGAAAGAUGAUGAACCUUUAUUGAAGAUUGAGAUCAACAACCCCGCUUUGCUUGCUGGGAAUUGGUCUCAGCUCUGUGCUACUUGCAAGAUUGUCAGGCCUCUUCGUGCAAAGCACUGUUCAACUUGUAAUCGAUGUGUUGAACAAUUCGACCAUCACUGCCCUUGGGUAUCCAAUUGUAUUGGCAAGAAAAACAAACGGGAUUUCUUUAUAUUUCUUGUUCUUGAAGUUUCAGCAAUGGUGAUCACUGGAGCAGUUACUAUUACAAGAGUUAUAACUGAUCCAUCCUCUCCAUCGUCUUUUGGAGCUUGGAUUAACCAUGUUGGCAAUCAUCAUGUUGGUGCUAUAUCAUUUCUUAUCGUUGAUUUCUUCCUCUUCUUUGGUGUGAUUGUCUUAACAAUUGUCCAAGCAUCUCAGAUAUCUCGUAAUAUUACUACAAACGAAAUGGCAAAUGCUAUGCGGUAUAGCUAUUUGCGCGGUCCUGGAGGUCGGUUUAGGAACCCUUAUGAUCAUGGGAUCAAGAAAAACUGUUCUGACUUUCUGAUUAAGGGAUACAAUGAAGACGUGGAGUAUAAUGAAGGCUCGUCGCAUUCAGAAGAGAUGGAAGCAAUGUCUACACCGAUGAAUUCAAUCUUGCAGAAUGGAGACUCUCAUUCUCACAACACCAAUGGAAACAACCACAUAGCAGUAAAUGUGAAUUCUAAGAAUACAACCAGCCAUCACGGCCAUACUCAUUCUUCAAAUUGUAGUCACAGUAACCAUGGAAAAGCUAAAAAAGAUGGUGUCCCAUUGGGCUUAGGUCUCGGCCUUGGGCGUUUAUCAACUCGCUCGGUAGCAGCCUCAUGACGCUUAUUAUUGUUUAAGUGAUCACGGAGUUAGUGUUUUGUAUCAUGUCAAUAUAUUAAACAUUAGAUUUGAAUGUCCAAUUGUGAUUUGUGCGCUCCUUUCCUCGAGAAAUCUCUGAAAGACUUUAUGCAGAGUGCUUGGUUUC